GACCCCAUACUUCGCUUCUCUCUCUAGAUAACUGCUCCAUUUCUCUCCAGCUCAGACUCAGUCUCUGUAAACGAACGUUAUAUGUUAAUGGAAGUACCGGAGUGUUUUGUCGGUGGCUAUUUCUCAGCCGGAGGAGAUCAAUUCUCCCCGGACAAGCGCCAUGGUGCUGACCAGAAGGCCGGUGAGCCCUUCGCCAUUGACGACCUCCUUGACCUCUCCAACGCGGAUGCUAUGAUCAUGUCCGACGGUUUCUUCGAUAAUGCCGCCGGCAACUCCACUGACUCAUCCACUGUCACCGCCGUUGACAGCUGUAAUUCUUCCGUCUCCGGUGGUGACAAUCAUUUCUCCUCCGGUUACGCUGGCUCCCGCGGCUUCGGCGAUCCUCAAUUAUCUGGAGAACUCUUCGUUCCGCAGGAUGACGACUUGGCUGAACUGGAGUGGCUAUCGAACUUCGUGGAAGACUCGUUUUCUGUCGAAGAUGAGCUAAAAACACUCCACCUCCUCUCCGGAACCACUGCUUCCGCCAUCGGCACGAAACCUCAGACACCAGAUUCCUCCUCUUCCUCCGAAACAAUUCCACCAUUCGCUGCGGACACCGAUCGAAACGCACCGCUCUUCCAUCCAGAAACUCCGCUUCCAGGUAAAGCUCGGAGCAAGCGUACACGUGCUGCCCCCGGGGAUUGGUCUACCCGCCUCCUCCACCUGAUCACCCCGACGGUGGUUUCAGAACCGGCGCAAGCGAAGGCGGUGGCAACUAAGAAAAGGGAGAGUUCGAAUUCGGAGUCCUCUUCGGGUCGGAGAUGCCUGCAUUGCGCUGCCGACAAGACUCCACAGUGGCGGACCGGACCAAUGGGUCCGAAGACGCUGUGCAAUGCUUGUGGAGUGCGGUACAAGUCCGGGAGGCUGGUGCCAGAGUACCGACCUGCGGCGAGCCCGACGUUCGUGUCAUCAAAGCACUCCAAUUCGCAUAGGAAGGUGAUGGAGAUGAGGAGGCAGAAGGAAAUGCAGAGGCAGCAACAGCACCAAUUGGUUAGCCAGAGCUCAAUUUUCGGCGUUUCUCAUGGGGGAGAUGAGUUCUUGAUCCCUCAUCCCACUGGUCCAGAUUAUAGGCACAUGAUCUAGUAAGUUCCAGAGAGAGUAGUAUAAAAUUUAGGAUUAUUGGAGAACAAUUAAUGAUGAGCUUCAAAGUUCAACAUCCAACAAACCUUUUCUUUUCUUUUUGGAUGAGGCGAAAAAUUUUGUCUUAUAAGUUUGAAUCUGUAGCUUUAGCACAAUUCAGAGAGAAGGAAAGUAGUUGAAGGACAGGGGAGAAAAUAGAGGAUGGAGAACCUCAUUUGGGUGUAGAAACAAUCAAUCCAUGUACUCUAAAAUUUGAUUUAAUUCGUUUUCUUCGCCGAAUUUGGCAACAUUAAGAAAUACUCUAUCAGAUUUUAA